CCAAGAUUGAGAAUAAUAUUCAAUGUGUAAUCAAAGAUAACACCAGAUGUCUAUCGUAUUUAAUUGUUCAUUUUCAAAUUAACCCCGAUCCUUCAGGCCUAUGGUUAGAGCUAGCAGGUUGUGAUAUAAGAUAUAUCUUCUUGGAUAAUACAUUUGCGCUGAGAAAAAUAGCAUAUCUAUAAUUUUACCAAUCCAUAGAUGACUCAGUUGUUAUCUGGGGAAUAUGAAAUGACCAAUCCGAUAUGUGAGGAAGAAGUUGUCAACGUUGUGUUUAUUGAUAAAGAUGGUGAAAAACAUCAUAUAAGAGGGAAAAUUGGUGAUAAUAUUCUAUAUCUUGCUCACAGAUAUAACAUUCCCCUUGAAGGUGCCUGUGAAGCAUCGUUGGCAUGUUCAACUUGUCAUGUGUAUGUGAAUGAAGACUAUCUUGACAAACUAGAAGAACCGAAAGAAGAAGAAGACGACAUGUUAGAUAUGGCACCGUUUUUGAAAGAAAAUUCCAGACUUGGUUGUCAAAUUAUUUUGACUAAAGAAAUGGAAGGCCUUGAACUUACUCUACCUCCAGCUACACGAAACUUCUACGUUGAUGGCCAUGAACCUACGCCCCAUUGAUAAUAACUAUAUUGAUGGUUUAUAACAAAUGAAAAACUUAAUUUUUUUUACACAAUUGUAACGACAGAUUUGUUUAUUUAUUUAUAAAUAUUUGUAAAUACA